AUGUCUUAAAUAAAGUUUUGCUUAUCUCACCAAGUGUAUUUUGGACAAGGCGUAUACUUGGUGAGUUCCUAGAAUGAUUGGAAAAUUGAGGAGAGUUGUAGGAUGACUUGCAUAAAGGUAAAGAUGUGUUCAAAUAUGUAGUCUAACCGAUGGGAACUUGUUUUGCAAGUAACGGAUGCCCAAUUGGAGUACAAAUAUGUGAUUGCAGAUUAUGAUAAUCCCUCUGGAGACGUCCAGAUUUGGGAAAGAGGCAACAACAGAAAAUUAAUUAAAUCUAAAUCAAACAGUUCGGAAACCAUAAGUAUAUAAUCAUAUUCAUCAAUAUUAUAGAAGAUAUGUGGGAGAAACGAAUGAUUUCCCUGAAAUUAAUGGCUUUAAACAAUAACUCUUUGGCCAUCGUAAUAGGGAACUUCCCAGCCCUCUCAACUCCGAUUCAAAUGAAAUUGUUAGACAAGAAAUCGAUGAAGUACUUUUCGACUAAAUUUUACAUUGACAUCACUAAUUCGGAAUAAGUGAUUCAAUUUCAAUACUAUUUGCUAAUAAAAGAUCCUAGUAAAGAAUUUUGUAAUUUUUAGCCCCCAUGGAAUUUAUUAGUAACCCAAUAACUCUUGGCAUUUCGGAAAGAAAUUAGGAAAUAUGCCAGGCAGUCUCCUUUUAUAGAAUUGCUCUAUGUUGA